AGGAGGGGGGUCGGUGAGGAGGCUUCAGCCAAUGGGAGUUAGCGUGUCAUGGGGCCGUCGGGGCGGCAGGCUCUCCUCGGAGCGCAGAGUUAGUGGCGACCGUGGUGCUGGUGCGGCUAUGGCUGGAGUGUGUCGGGGCGCGAUGCUCGGCUGCGCGAUGCUGCUGAUCGGCGUAUCCCGCGUCCUCGGUCUGAAAUGUUACUGCACCCACUGUGUGUUAACUAACUUCACCUGUGAGACGGAUGGGCUCUGUAUGACUACUGUCACUCGCAAGGAAGACCGGAUAGUACAUGGCAAGAUGUGUGUUUCAAAUGCUGAACUGAUACCUCCAGACAGACCGUUUCUAUGUGCAAUAUCCAAAAAUGACGCUGUAUCAAAUCGUUGCUGUGAUACUGAUUUGUGUAAUCGAUAUGAUUUACCUGUGCCAACAAGAGUGACUGAUGCUCCACCUCCGUGGUUAAACUUGGGCCCUGUGGAAUUGGCGGCAAUCAUUGCUGGACCAGUGUGUGUAGUUUGCAUCUUACUGAUGGUGACCUUCUACUUCUUUCACAACCGCACGGUCGUACAUCAUCGUGUCCCCCAUGAAGAAGACCCAUCGUUAGAUCAUCCGUUCAUUUCUGAGGGUACCACUCUCAAGGAUUUAAUUUACGAUAUGACGACUUCAGGGUCUGGUUCAGGGUUGCCUUUACUUGUGCAAAGGACAAUUGCAAGAACAAUUGUACUACAAGAAAGUAUAGGUAAAGGUCGAUUUGGAGAAGUCUGGCGAGGAAAAUGGCGAGGUGAAGAAGUUGCAGUUAAAAUCUUCUCUUCUCGUGAAGAAAGGUCAUGGUUUCGUGAGGCAGAAAUUUACCAGACGGUGAUGUUGCGCCAUGAGAAUAUUCUUGGGUUCAUCGCAGCAGAUAACAAAGAUAAUGGGACUUGGACGCAGCUGUGGCUGGUAUCAGAUUAUCAUGAACAUGGUUCCCUUUUUGACUACUUGAACAGGUACACUGUUACUGUGGAAGGAAUGAUUAAACUGGCACUUUCUACAGCCAGUGGACUUGCACACUUGCAUAUGGAAAUUGUUGGUACACAAGGAAAACCUGCCAUUGCACACAGAGACCUCAAAUCAAAAAACAUUCUGGUAAAGAAGAAUGGAACUUGCUGCAUUGCAGAUUUAGGGUUGGCAGUAAGGCAUGACUCAGCCACAGAUACGAUUGAUAUUGCUCCAAAUCACAGAGUGGGAACAAAAAGAUACAUGGCUCCAGAGGUUCUCGAUGAUUCCAUAAACAUGAAACAUUUUGAGUCGUUUAAAAGAGCAGAUAUCUAUGCCAUGGGCUUAGUAUUUUGGGAAAUAGCACGAAGAUGUUCAGUUGGUGGUAUUCAUGAAGACUAUCAGCUACCUUACUAUGACCUAGUACCAUCAGACCCGUCGAUUGAGGAAAUGAGGAAAGUGGUGUGUGAGCAGAAACUACGGCCAAACAUUCCUAACCGAUGGCAAAGUUGUGAGGCUCUCCGCGUAAUGGCCAAAAUCAUGCGCGAAUGUUGGUACGCCAAUGGAGCAGCCAGAUUAACUGCUCUUCGGAUCAAGAAAACGUUGUCUCAGCUCAGCCAGCAGGAAGGCAUAAAAAUGUAGUCACAGGCAGUCCGGAGAUCAAGUUGACAGGAUGCUAACUGCAAUUGGAUUGCAGUUCUGUUGGAAGGGAUUCUUGUUCUACCUCAUCGAGGGAGCAGAAGAUGGAUCACUCUGUCUGCACCGCAUUUUCUAAGUCACAUAGGAAAUUUCCACCAUACAAAGCUCUCUAAUGGACGUGCUGGGUGCAGGCUGAGGUCCACUUUGUGCACUGAACGCCACCUUCCCAGGACAUUGACAUAUUAUGUAGCUUAGGGUUUUUUAAUUAACAUUUAACUUGACGACAAAGUUUUAUUAUUGGUCUUAAUAGUAGAAAAGCUGGAACACUUCGGCCUUUACCAAUACUGCCCCAGAAAUUUUGGAGAGACUGGUAAUGGGGCUAGUCCCGCAAAGGAAUGAAAUUUCUGUGCAAGAUACAGUAUUACACACAAAAAAGUACUCUUAAGGGUUGAGUACUAGUUUCACUGCUUAGAAACUCAACAUAAUGUUGAUGCCUUGCAAUCUAUCAUCACCUUGUUUGCUAAAGCUUUGAGUCAAGAAUUCUAUACCACAUUUGGUUUGAAGAACUACUUCACCAUGUUGAAAUGGCCUGUAUUUUUCUUCUGGGAACAAAAUUGAAAGCUGUUGCUAUUUGCGGAGAUGAGGCUGUUAGUAAAUUGUGGGUUAUUGAAGUAGAUACACAAAUUCAAGCCUAUGAAUGGUAGCCACACCUAUUUUAAAGAAAUACACUAUCGUAAUCACGGAUAAUUUCUAAGUUUAGAGAUAAUUAGGUGAGGGGCUUCAAUUGGCAGGUUUUAUUUGAUAAAUUCAACUUUGUUUUAACUGGACAUUUUUGCACUUACAUCUUUGGAGUUCUUGUUUUUAAACUUACGAAUGCCAAUUCCUAAUUGCGUGCUCUGGAUGCAUACCACUCUCUUCAUAAACACCUGGAGUGGAAUGUGCACUGCUGUUGCUCAUAGGUUUGUGGUGGAGCAGCAAGGAAUGUACUUACACUUCUGAAGCUUGGUCCCCUGAUAAUGGAGGCUUUCCUUUUUUUCUGGGGGUGGGUGGGGGUGUUAAGUUGUGGUGGGGAGGAGAAAGUGUUAGAUGGGGAUGGGUUGGGGUUCCACUGGUAGUCAAAGAUUGCUUAGUUUUUGCUAAGAAAUGGUUAUUUUGCCAUUUUAGACUUUUAAAAUAGAAAUGCCUCUCUACCAAAUAAAAUUCUAAUGCAUUUUCUCACUAAAUGGUAGCAGUCAAAUUGAUUGUUAUUGUACAUGGGAUAGUAUGUAGAUUUAUCUUGACAAAUAUUUGCCUAUUUUUCUCUCUGCAUUAUAACACUAAUGACCCAACCAAGUCUUAUUCAAUGCAUUAAAUGUUUGCAAUUUAUCAUGCCAUCUUUUUGAAGUGAAAACAUUUUACUUACUUAUCAGUGCCAUUAAAAUCACAUUAACUUUAAUGAAUUUAGAACUGUAACUAGAGUUACUUAAAUGAACUUACUAUCUGGAGUAUACCAGAUCUUGGCUUUUGAAAAGACAAUGUUUUGCAGGAACAAGUAAGCAAAGCAGUUCAAAAUCUGAAUUAAAUCAACUUAUUCAUGCAAAUUAUUUCCCCUAUGAUUUACAUGCUGCUCAGUUCCUACCCUAGCAAUGUUUCUGUAUUUUUUAGCCCCAAAAUGAAUUUUGUUUGUGUUUUUUGGGGGGGGGGGGAGUUGAGGACAAAGGGGAAGAUUUUUUUUGUGCAUGAAUACUUUCAUUGUGGCUUUAUUAGAUGAUUCUUUUAAUUUCUGAUGCUAUGUUUCUGCGGCACAUAAUGAAAUAGCAGUGGGUGUUGCUUAGGGGUAUCUUUCCUGCCCUGUUAACCGUCUACAAAAUUUCCGGCUUGGAAUCUGCUUCUUUAUUUGCACAAAAGAAAGUCAUCACAGGCCUUAUUAUGUUGCACGAUAAGUUCUCAAACUGUGUGUAAAUCCAAGGCUAUCUGGCUGCCUACUGUUUACUUCUCUUGGAGCACUUAGUCUGCUAACAGCUUUUUGAGGAAAAAACAGUCCAAAAAAAUCCCUCUCCCUCACAACUUUAAGAUGCACUUCAUACACUGCAUUUAUUGAUUACUGAGCGCUUUAUCAAGCCUGUGAAGAUAGCUACAAAGAUUCAACAUCCUAAUUAAACCCAAGGAUGAAGUGACUUUAGCAACUUGUAUUUAUUACAGCACUACUGUGCAGUAUUGUUCCUUGAAUUUGGCAAAUACGCAACUAACCAAAUAUUAUCUGGUUGCAUUAAAAUUACCUCCAUAUGUUAGUGUAACUUUUAGUUUUAACUUAGCUUGCAUAUAUUAUAUAUUUUCAAAUAAGAAAGCCCACAGUAAGAAAAGAGUUUUAUUGCUACAGCUUUUUAUAUCAUGAUUAACAUAUAUCAAACCUGGUAAAAGAAAAGUGUGGACAAAAUUAUAUAGAAAAUGUUGCAUUUAGUUCAAGUAAAUCCAGAUCUUUUCUCUUGUUCUUAAUCUCAAAGUAUUUAGUUCCCUGGCUGAGAAACAGUAUUAUUAUUGCAAGCUAUGGAGGAACAUGAAGUGGCAGAGCUGCUGCUUAAACCCUUGGGUAAAUGUGUGGUUGCUUGUUUUUAAAAAAAUUCUCAUCAGUCAUUCCUGUUGUAAGUAAUCACUGAGUACAUUGUCAUAGGUCUAAUAUAUAGGUCAGAAAACAUCCUUAAACGUAUUACAAGUUUUGUAUGGUUGGCUUACGUGUGCAGCAAAAUGCACACCUUCCUCUGAAACCAUAGUAAUUGCUGUGAUCUGUGUGGCAUGUUAAAUGUGCAUAUUGGAUAUGCUCGUUUAUUACUAUGCUAAAUCUACCCAUGGCAACUCUCAGUGCAAGCGAUACUGCUACAUAUGUAAUGUUAAUGUCAAAUUAUGGAGCAUUGUGUAUUUUUUUUUCCCUGUAUUGAGUGCCACGGCUUGCCCUCUCCAGGACAGUCCCACUUACCUUGUGUUUCUUCAUGUAGCCUUUCAGUGUAUCUGGUAUUACCCUUUAUUCUACACUCAAACCAUGCAAUUGAACCUUUUUAUGUAGUUUUCCAUUAAAUUAAAGAUACCUCCGGAAUGACCAAGUUGUAUUUACCUCACUGUGUUUGUGAUAUUUUAUAUAUAUGCACAAAGAUAUUUAAUAUAUAUAAAUAUAUCAUAUCACACUGAUUAGGUUCAGUAAAUCAGCACGUUUGCAAACUCAAGUUGAUUUAUAUAAAAUAUGGAUGCUGUAUUAAUUUAAAAAUCCUGUAUCUGUCCAUGGUACUGAAGUGUCUUGUGUAUGUAUUGCGCCUGGCUUAUUGUAUACUAGGUAUUCCUUUGUAUUGUUUGUAUAAAGUUGCUGAUCCAGGAAGUAUCCACGCUGCCCUUGCAUUGUUUCUUUUCCAUUGGAGGUACAGCUUUACAGCUAGUGUGUAUGGAAAAAGGAAAUAUACUGAAGUCAGCAAAUGUGCUGCAUUCAACAUUUUUUUUCUUUCUUCCUAAAGUUCUAUUAUCAUAAAUUAUGUAAUACAACUCCCUGGUUUUUCAAAUCAUGGUAUUUUGUACAAUGUGCACAACAGAGAUGGGCAAUGCUAGAUACUGAAUUAAAUGGCUUACUGAAAGUAUUGGCAUUGUACAAUGCAUCUGACAAAACCUGAUUAAAAAUAAACUCUAUCAUCUAGAUAAGUGA